GCACAAGCCGAAGAAGAAGAAUUUCGCAUCGUUCCAUGCUGAUUUCUCACGACGAGCCCCUGUCAUUCCUGCUUUUACUCCAGAGUUCGUCGUCGAGAGGCAAGGAGGACAUCACUUUUCCUACCCGCACCAGCGGCAUUGUCACGCGAAAGAAACGCACGCAAGGUGACCGGACGAUGAAGUCGAAAAAGGUAGGCACCCCUCGCAACGCCGACCCCGCCACGGCCUCCGAGGACGACCAUCGUCGCGGAACGAAAGAUCUGGCGUCGCUGCUGCGCUCUACGCCCUCGAGAAGAACGCGGGCCUCGCGCAAGGGGCGCGAGCCGCCGAGCCCCGGCGCGAACGCGGCGUCACCGUCACCGCUCGUGAUGCAGGGCGGGGUGCCGCCGCCGCCACUUCAACUGCAAGUCUACCCGACACCGUUCUUCGGCCAGCUGCCCGUCCACCAGGCGUACCUCAUGCCGCAGCAGCCCGCCGUCUACGCGCCCGUCGGCGACGUUCGCAGCGAAGGGAGGGAGGCGAGUGCCUCGACCCCGGCCGAGGCUGAGGCCGUCCUCAUGUUGCCGGGAAUUGGUGGGCUGCCGAUCAACGCGUGCACGAUGUACGGGUUAGUGCCGGAGGAGAACGGGCAAGGCGCACCACCUGGCACGUACUCUGCCCUGGUCGCAAUGGGUCGGCACAAGGCGGCCCUGCAUUACUCGGAACCGAGCUCGGAUGCCACGGCCACAACUGCUGCCACCGACGACAGCAGAGGCGGCGACGUUCCCGACGCCCACAACGUCAGGCCUUGUACGACCAACUUGCCGCUUACCACCGUAAUUCCUACGGGGGCACUAAGGUCAAAUCAUUAAAGUUAAGCUAGGUGAACCUAUUACACCUCCGGAACCGAAAGCAGGCUAUUAUUAUGUCAUUCCUAUAGCAAGGGUAGUUUCUUGAACCUACAAGAGACGUCAGACAGAAAGGCAGCUGGCAACGCCCACUUGGAGUUCCGACACCAGCGUUCCGGGACGUCGCACAUGGACAGCCCCGCUCGAAGUGGUUCUAGCUUCAGCAACGAAAAAAAUUAUUACGCUGCAUUUGAAAAUCAGAAAGCGCUCAACAAAAUUCACAUUCAAGCAAGCAAUACACGUCUGAACAAAGCAUCUAGUAGUGUGGGUUGGCAUGGUGUUUUGACUUUAAUGCUCCUUUAAACGUUUCUUCAUUUGUCACGCCUCGAUAGGAAUAGACUGCUGGGCCGUCCCUGAACGUUAGUCCCCUGCCCUUCAGCAAGGCUCUAGAGCGCACCAUGAGAUGUAAUAUCGUGGUCAGUUGCUCAAAUAGCUACCUGCAAGAUGCUUGCGUGGAUGAUCAUUUCACCAGGAGUGGCAUUAUCGGUCGAUCAUUUUCGGUUAAGCGGUCACUUCCGCGAGCCUCUCGCAUGGCUUGGCUCCGAAGACGUAGGCGUUUAGGGCUACAACGACUUGUGACACUGUGUCGUCGAAACAGCGUGCUUGGCUCUGUAUGCGAGAAACUGUCGUCCAUCGCAGACUCCUCCGGUGCUGAGUGACGCCAUAUCUCACGAUAGUGAUCGUAUCCCCGAAGGUGAUCGACGGAGAAUACGGCUACAGCAUAUUCCCUCUUAGCUGGCAUCGUCGAAGACGAGCUCCCCUCAAAGAUGGGAGCCUGGUGGUGGGCAUGGUUUUGUAUAACGUCCGUGACAUUGUUGCACCCAGUAUUUGGAAUACGUUUAAUUUAACAGACCUUUUUGAGCUUUUGCAAAAAGGUUUUGCUCGGGCCUACUGACUGAAAAAAAAUUAUACAGGUACGACGCCCAAGUUAGAAUGUAUGGAAAAUAAAGCUUGCAUGAAUUGGUUAAAUAAAGGCUGUAGAACUGGACGCGAUGCAUGCUGUUUAUAGUAAUCGUGUGCCAGGUGCAAUCUCAUUCAAUAAUAAGGUUUACGCGCAGCACAAGUCACAACCUUCAUGUCGUGCGAUGUUUAUGACAUACAGCGCUCGCGAACUAUCUGCAAAAAGAAAUAUGCACAAACUCCACUAGAGUUGUCUAAGUAUACGUAAGCGUACCUGCAAAUUUCAGUUCGCCCACACCCAAAUUUCAAGUUCAUCAUCGUUAUCAACCUAUUCUAUGUCCACUGCAGGACGAAGGCAAUACGGAUUGAAAAAGAAGGAUUCGUACUAUAAUAAGCUCAAAAACAACAGAACAAAUGCUUAUUACUUGAAACAGUUUAAGUAUUACAGAAACAAAUCCGUGGCGCUGAUGAGAAAAUCAAAGAAAUUGUAUUAUACUAAUUUGGUUAAUCGUCAAGGAAAUGACACAAAGCAAGUAUGGAAGAUUGUAGGAGAAGUUACGGGAACAGCUAAAAGAAAACAGAUUGUUCCUGUCAACUUGUCAAUAGAGACUGCAGACCAGUUUAAUCAGUUCUUCACAACAUACGGUCAGAACAGUGCGCAACCUACUCCCUUAGCUUCAGUGACAUCCGACAUACCUCGAUGUAUUAAUAAUGAAUUCAGUUUCUCGAACAUUACUAGCGAUGAAGUUGCAAGUGUUGUGGCGAACAUGCCCACGAAUAAAGCAGCCGGGCCAGACGGCAUAAUGGCUAAGGUAAUCAAGGACAACAUUGAUUUGUUUUGUGUUCCUUUGUGCAGAAUAUUCAAUCAUGCGAUACACUCUAGCUUAUACCCCGAUACUUUAAAAGUUGCAAAAGUUGUUCCGAUAUUUAAAACUGGUGACCCUAACAACCCGUCUAGUUACAGGCCAAUAUCUGUACUGAGUGUCGUCAAUACCAUUUUUGAAAAAUUAAUUGCUUUCCAACUGAAAACCUUUCUUGAUGUUAAUCAUAUUAUUUGUCCUCAGCAACACGGAUUUGUUUCUAGCAGGUCCACGUCCACGGCUGUAGUUACUCUAUCACAGCUUAUCCUAUCUGCUCUUCAUAACCAUAAUGUUGCUGUAAGCGUAUUUAUAGACAUCAAAAAAGCUUUCGACACAGUUUCACACUCCAUUCUUUUAAUGAAACUGGAAGCAUAUGGUGUGCGUAGCGGGGCCCUUGAAUUCUUUAAAAGUUAUCUUUCUUCACGACAGCAGCAAGUUGUCCUCAAACAGUUCAAGUCUGCAUACCAAACUGUUACGUGUGGUGUACCCCAGGGGUCAGUUCUGGGACCGCUUUUAUUUUCGCUCUUUAUUAAUGACCUCCCCAAUGCAAUACAAUGUUCUCAAAUUUUGAUGUAUGCGGAUGACACUGCACUUAUCUUUACUGGCAACUCACUUGAAUUAAUAGAAAAUCCUAUUAACAAUGAACUCCAACGUAUCUCGACCUGGUUUCGUAAUAAUCAUCUAACUUUAAACACUGAAAAAACUAAAUAUGUUAUUUUUCGUUCAAAACAAAAGUGUAUUGAAUUAAGUGAUUUUUCUAUAUGUGUUGACAACAAUGUUAUUGAUAGUGUGUCUUCUUUUAAAUAUUUAGGGGUCAUGUUCGACUGCCACUUGUCUUGGAAGGAACAGGUGCACAGUGUGUGUAAAAAGGUUGCGUACGGUUGUUUUACCUUGUCUAAGGCACGGCGGCACUUUCCACCUGCUAUUCUUAGAUCACUGUAUUUUUCAUUAUGUCACAGUCAUCUCAGUUAUUGCAGUGAAUCAUGGGGAAUCACAUACAAAACGUAUUUAACACCAUUGCUAAGACUACAAAAACGUGCCUUGAAAACCAUGGGAUUACCUUCUUCGAAUAGUUCUAACAAUAACAUUUUUGACGCAAUGCAAAUCAUGUCAUUCACAACCUUACGCGAUUACAAAAUAGCUCUUAUGGUUAAUAAUAUUAUAAAUACCAACUACCCCUUACCUCUUGGUGCAUUCAGUAUUCCCGUCCGCAACACUAGACAAGCCAGCAAUGGCAAUUUUAACCUUCCUAUUUGCCAUAAUGCGUACGGAGAAAGACGAAUAGAAUUUACAGGAGCGAACAUUUGGAACUCGUUGCCAAUUGAAGUAAAGCAAGCUAGGAAUUUCAAACUGACAUGCAAGAAACAUUUUUUGGGAAUGGAAGCAAGGCUACAAAGUUAGUUUUUCUUCAAUGUGUUUGUGAUUGCUGUCCUAUAUGUUAUUUCGUAUUGGACCGCUUACUAGCCUCAUUGGCUAUCGGUCCAAAUAUCUGUGUAUACAUUUUGUUUGUGUUACUCAAUAAAGACUUCUUGAUUCUUCUUGAUUCUUGAUUCUUCAAGGCCUUUCCCUGCGAUCUCCAAUUAUACCCCUGUCCUGCGCUAACCGAUUCCAACUAGGACCCACGAAUUUCCUAAUUUCAUCACACCACCUAGUCUUUUUCCGUCCUCUACUGCGCUUCCCUUCUCUUGAUACCCAUUCUGUAACCAUAACUCUCCAACGGUUAUCUAACUUGCACUAUAAAUGACCUGUCAAACGCCAGUUUUUUUCUGUUAAUGUCAAUUAGAAUAUCGGCUAUACCCGUUCGCUCUCUGAUCCAAAGCGCUCUCUUUCUGUCUAGGCGAAAUGAAAAAAGAUAUGUGAGUAUCUCCAAGCGAAGGCAAACAUUAACCUGGUUCUGUCCAGCUACGUGACAUUCGAAUAUUUUUAAACUCUGGCUAAAGUAAGCUGGGACACACACCCUGUAUAUAAAUCGACAAAUAUAUCUAGUGAGAAAACAACCCACAUCUAACCGCGGUAAUGAGACAAAGAAAACUUCUCUUGAAUACCUCUGUGAACCAAGUGUUCCACAGUAAACUUAUAGUUAAUAAACAAACGCUUCAUGAGAGCAUAACUGAUAAGGGCACUAGAGCCCACGGGGCAGCUUUUUCUAAUUGCGCUGUUUCAUCAUCUCUCUGAGAUGCUUAAGUUUACAGAGUGUCACAGCUAGUUUUAUCGCAGUGGGCACGAUUCUGAGGGCUAGUAUUUCAUUUAUUGAAAUUAAACGUGCUUAUUAAUUUCGACAUUUAAAAUUCAAUUCUCUGUUUCUUUCAGCCUGCUGGUAAGUAAAACUCUAUUUUGUCGUGUUGAAAUAUAUGUCUGUUCGAUCCCACUUAAGAAAUUGUUUUGCGUGCGCAGCGAUGCACAGUUCAGCUUACUUUUUUCAAAUAAUUUUCUUUUCUUUUUAGAGCCAAGUAGCAAAUUCCACUGGCGAAAGUCUCAUAAAUGCGUGCCUCAGACGUAUUUAUUAUUGCGUUACGUAGCUUGCAAAAAGCAGCGCCUCGCUUCUUUUUUUUUUUUUUUGCUUUGCUUACAAGUGCAGUGAUGUUUAUGCGCGCUGCAAAAAAUCUUCUCUUGAGAGAAACAGAAUACAAUACGAAGAACAAGCGCUAUUAUUCCCGAACAUUAUUCGUUUCUGAUUAAUUUGACAAUUUCUACUGUUUCCUUCUUUUUUUUUCAGGCUGUGCAGGGACGGUAUCAUUACCAAAAUGAUCGUAAUGCUCGGAGUGCUCUUCCUAAUGAACGCGAUCAUUGUGGUGCCACUGUACGUAGGAAAGCGUAAUGUUGUCCAGGGGAAAAAUAUCUUUAACCUCAAAGGACAACGCGCAUCUGACUACGUCACCUCGUCCAUUGCACCGGAGCCCCUCGUGUGCAUGUAUCAGUGCGCCGAGAGCAUGGCGAACGAGAUCGUGGCGGUGCCGGACGACUUCUGCGACCUCGUCUACUACCAGCUGGACGAAAAGUACACCUUUAUGGAGUGGCCCAAUUCGAGCUGCAUAAGGCAGCUCGUGCUGACGGCCUCAGCGUCGAAGAAGCAUAAAUACGGCAUUACCGUGUACAACACGCAAGGCGACGAGUCAUUCGACCAGCUGAAGACUUCCGCCGGCGUGGCGCAGUUUGUCAAGCUUUGGACAAACAAUGUCAAGCACCACGGACUUACGUUUGCCAGUGGUACAUACGGCACCUUGAACACGCUCGCACGCUUCAACCUCAAGAUCCUGGGCCGUUUCAAGUCACUCCAGGUCGCUGCAAACUCAAUGGCUGGCCAAAGGGAUCACCGCAGAUACGUGCUGCUGGGAAUACAAGCAUGGUUUGCGAACUUUUCCACGGAAAAGGUUGCCCUCGCUGCUACCCUGAAAAGGAUAUCCACGUCGCAGCCGUUGAACCUGCUCCUCUUGUACACCCACAUCUGGCACUGGCCCACUACGCAGUGCGUCGUGUCCGGGCCGACGAUACUGAGCAACAACCUGCAUGUACCUCUUCCCGCUAUGGACACGACUGUGGAGCUAAUCAGCGCUGUGGAGACCCCGAGAUACGUGACCGUGCUAUUGUCUCUGAGUGCGAUUGUGUCGCGUUUCGUCAUGGAGGACAAUUGGGAGAAUGCGGUAAUGUACGGAGGCCAAUGUGUCGACCGAGAAGCCGUGCCUUAUUCUAAUGUCUGCAGCGGAACCAGCAUCGUGAAUCCAAGCAUAGUACCGGAAGCCAGCGUUGCCAUUGCACACGUCUACAAGGAAAACGUACUGACUCAGGCCACCUACGAAACAGCGGACACCAUUAGGUCCAAGGUCGACUACGCCUACCGGUAUCUAGGGCGCAGAAGUUUCGGCUGGGCCAUUCACUACCUCAUCGGGGGCAAGUUGAACGAUUCUUGCCCCCAACUCGGCAUGGAUGGAGAGGACGUCGUCGCAACAGCCGUUCUGCAGACUAAGAGGUCUUGGAUGGGAUGGCGAUGGCUCUUCCCGUUUUGAAUGAGCCGCUGCAAUACUGAGCGGUAUACGUCUUGCAUCCAUCAAUCUAAUUCGAUAUCAAAUAAAUACAUUUCGCAUAGUCACCUUAAAUAUACCAGUAUGUAUUGUCAAA